UACUCCAAUCCAUUGCCUGUGUGAUAGGUGUAAACGUGUGUGUGUGUGUGUUCAACUGCAAAAGUGAGUUCAACGUUUACUUCUUCCUGUGCGAAUUAGUCAAAGAAACCACUCCUACAAGAGAAGAAACAUACCACAUUGUAACAGUCAACACAAUGCAAACGACAAAAGGGAUUACGAUGAGAACAACUCUGCUGUUGUACACAGUGUUCGUCAUGCUGGGAGUUCACCUUGCAGUCAGCCAACAAUCCGACGAAGGACCGUGUCAAACGAUCACAGUACCGCUGUGUUCUACGAUGCCUUACAGUCUGGCGUUCAUGCCGAACAGAUUUGGACACUCCCACAUGGACGAUGCUGGAAUGGUAGUACAUCAAUUCUAUCCUCUAGUUAAAGUAAAUUGUAGUGCAGCCCUGAAGCCCUUCUUAUGCGCAGCCUAUUUCCCUAAAUGCAGCGCAAGGGGAGGGGGACUCGAACCAUGUGCCCGACUCUGUAGAGAAGCCAAGAAUGGCUGCGCGCCACUAAUGAACAGAUACGGAUUUCAGUGGCCAGAUACUCUAGAUUGCCACUUAUUUUCAGAAAACUAUCGGUGUUACGAUAUAGAAUGAUAUGUUAUGUUAUUCAACUAAUUUUCGCUAUUUCGCAUUUGUACGCAAUAGGCCAGAAAUGACUUUUGUUUUUUAUUUACGCGAUUGUAAUUUAUAUAGGAUUUCUUAAAUAUCGGAAGUGCUUUUGCUAUUCUCUGGCAGAGAUGGAACUUGUGCCAUUACUCACAGUACGUGUUUGGUUUGGAAAGCGCAACAAAGAUUGCGUCUCUGACCGGAGAGAUCAUGUGGUGAUAAAACGUGACAGACUUCUGUUAACACUGUAGAAGCGUUUGAUAUCGUGCUUGAACAUUUUUACUGCACUGUAUGGCCAUUUCACCAAUUUAGGAAUUUUCAGAGAUGCUUAAAGUCAAAAGAUUAAACAUCUAUGUAUCAUAUGUUCCAUAACAUUUGUUUGAAAUAGCAAAAGAAAAAGCUGUAA